AUGCGAGAACCCAACAUAUCGUACAUGAGUCACAAUCGACCGGCCAUUUGCAUAACGUCUGGAGUGUACGAUCGGCGUGCAUUGGAUUGUACGGCAACGGUGCCGCUAAUCAACUCGCUGACUCAUCUAGCGUACCUGACGUCGACUUCACCUCGUAUUCGAGAGAUUUUGGUAUCGGAUGGUGGUCUAGAGCGGUUGAUACAGAUCUUAUCGGUAUUUGACCUUCCCAAUGAUCGACGACAUCUAUGGAAAUGGUCGCUUGCUUUCCAAUGCGUAGUCAAUGUGGGCGUCAGGGGCACGGAGCAAAUCAGAACACGAGUCGUUCAAGCUGGAGCAGUACAUGUGGUGAUGCGUGUCUUGGAGAACUUUUUACAAGGUGUCGAGAAUGCUCGUCAACAACAUCAUCGCAAGAGAGAUACUACAGCGCUUGGUUAUCCAAUGGUCUUAUCGCCUAUCGACUCUAGAGGCUACAGCACUCUUUUCCAAUUACCACCACCUGCUGAUAAUAUAGCAAAUAUCCUUACGGCUGCAUCACCCUUCACUACACCAUCACGAUCCAUCACCACGAAUAACAACAACCAUCAUCAUGUCAGAGCAUCUACAUCGUCUUCACCAUCAUCACCAUCCUCCUCCUCCACCACUUUGCAAAAGAAACAUCGUGUCAUGCGAGUACAUACAACAAUGAGACGAUCAACAUUACCAUACGUCAAGAUGGAUCCUGCACAACGCCGACGUAAUAGACUUGUACGUGUACCAACAACAGAAUUGGAAGCCUUGCGUGAUCCUCGCAAUUCGAGUAUCGACAACUUGUUUUAUCGUGAGGAAGAUAUUUUAUUGUCGUUGCAGUUAUUGGCUUAUUUGUCAAAGUACCCCCAUAUUCGCAAUGUCUUUCAUUCGGCUUACAGCAUCAACGUCUUUUCACUUGUCGAGCGAUUCUGUUGCCAUCGUGUUCAUUCAUCGCCUGUGCAAUAUUGGGCUGGUGUGAUUAUGCGAAAUGCUUGUCGUAAGGAUGAAGGUCGUGGUGGUAUUCGACGAUGUGCUUAUAUGCAAUGUGGUCGCUGGGAGAAACAUCAACGUGAAUUUGCAAAAUGUCGUCGUUGUCGCAAGGCCAAAUAUUGCAGCAAGGCUUGUCAGAGUAAGGCUUGGGCGGAUGGUCAUCGUUGGUGGUGCAUUGAACGGCAAGAUCAUACCAAUCCAACGACUACUACUACUACAACAACAACAGCGACUGCUACCACCACCACCACCACCACCAAUACUACUACAGCGGCUAUGACAGCUGGCAAUGCAACGCCUACUACGACUACCACAACCAAUGGAUCGAAUACCACAACAACAGCAACAGCAACAGCAGCAGCAGCAACAGCAGUAGCAGCAGCAGCGGCUGCCAUUGCCAGCACAGCUGUUACUCCUGAUAUCCAAGGUCCCACAACCACAACCACUAAUAAUAAUAACGACUCUCAGGUGACAGCACAUCACCAUCAUCACCAUCAUCAUCAUCGCCAUCACCAUCAUCCUCAUCAUGCACCUCCACAACAACAACCCCAACAACAGCAAUCACCUGCAAUGACCAAUCCUACUAGUACAUCGGCUGCCGUGCUUGCAGAAGAGGAUACUGUCCAAACAGUAAUGGAAACAACCACCAUUUUAUAA